AGAAUAUUUUAUAUCGAAGAAUAUUUACCGAAUGAGAUUAUUUGUAAGUCACAAAAAUGGCUUAUCUUCUGAAUAAGACUUCCAUUUUAUGGCGACCUGUUUUUCAUAAGAAUAUAAUUUCUGGUCCUAUUAAUAAAAACACCCUUGUGAAAAGUUAUGAACAUCUUACUAAUAAGACAAAUGCCUGGGCAGAGCAAAAAUUUAAACUUAAGGACAAUAUAAGCAAUGGUUACCGACUUGUAUAUAGGGAACAAUUAACUAUGUGUAGAUUUAUUAUUUUAACAUAUCAUUUUGGUUGGACGUGUCUUGCUGUUAGUCUGUUUACUCUGGGAUAUUUCAUCUACAAACCACCGGUACAGGAAAGAAUAACGAAUACAUUACCCGAUGGCGAAUUAACAUUAAGGUCUCUUUCUAAUUUGGAAAGGCUAUUGUUCAUACUUGGUAUUUUUACUGUAUCGAUCAUACUCAUAGUGGGCAGCAAAACAAUUCCGUUCCGAAUUUAUUAUAGUUCUACAGAUAAAAUAUACAAGGCUGUGUUUGUAAACAGAAUAUUAGGCAAAACACAAAUGGAAACUUUUGGCGAAGGUACUGUUGUUCCUGUAUUUAGUCGAGGAGACACAUUUUUUAACAUCAAUGACCGUAUUGUAAUACUUGAUAAAGAAUGUUUCCCAGUGCAAAGCGUACGUGAGCGAAUGAUUCGCAAAACCGAGUAGAACUAUG